AACGAGGAUGUCGCUCGCAGACUCAUCAAAACCGUCAAGGAAAUUGCCCUCGUUCAGGAAACAAUUGGCCCCGAAUUGGCCUUCUACUUCCAAGACAUACUGAUUCACUUAAAUCAAUGGCUUCUGACGCCUCGAAAUAACUCGGACCGCAUUUCUUAUGAGCAGAAGAAGAAACCUCAGAUCACAGAGGUUUUGGAGGAACUGCUCACUAUUUUAACCCUCGUGGCCGGCAAUGAAAGAGACUUUGGCGCACGUGGUAUGAAACUUGCCAUUCCUACCUAUCAAGUGCCAGUUCAGCGUCGAAUGUGA